UCUCACUGUUUGUGCAUGGGCAACUGGAGGAAAAAUCCCUGGUCUGUAAAGGAAAAACAGCCGUCUCGGGAGCGCCUGAAAAUUUCACUUUGUGGUUGCUGGGGCUGGCGAACAGCGGCACGGGUUACCUGUCGGUUUGGGGCUGUCGAGAAGGCAAAACUUCUGAGAAGUCAGCCUGCUCAAAUUGUGGAACCCAGAGGUCUUCUGUAUGUCCAGCAGAGAGAGUUUGCAGUGACUACCCCUAAAGAUGGUUCUGUUUCAAUUCUUGGAUCAGAUGAUGCAACUACCUGCCACAUAGUUGUGCUCCGACACACAGGCAGCGGAGCUACCUGCUUGACACACUGCGACGGAUCCGACACGGAAGCUGAGGUGUCGCUCAUCAUGAGUUCAGUAAAAUCUCUGUCUGACACCACAGGAUAUGGAAGGCUGGAAGUGCACCUAGUUGGAGGUUUCAAUGAUGAUAGGCAGUUAUCACAAAAACUUACUAAUCAGCUUCUUAGAGCAUUCGAUCUCCAGCCAGAUGACGUUCACUUAGUGACUUUCUGCGUAACAGAACUGAAUGACAGAGAAGAAAAGGAUAUUCACUUUCCAAUCAUUUAUGGAAUAGCUGUGAAUGUUAAAACAGCAGAGAUCUUCCCUGCAACCUUCCCAGAAAAAGGGCCAGAUGAGGAUUUGCGUUCAGCCCGUGUCUUAACAGGAGCAACACUGACUAACAUUUACGAUGCAAAGAUGGAACAACUACAUAUUGGGCCUUAUUUUUGGAGGCCUUUUCCACAUGUGGAUUUCUGGUUGGAACAAGAUGAUGAACAGAUUUUACAGAAUCUUUCCACAUCGCCCCUGGCUGAGCCACCCCACUUUGUUUCCCACAUUAGAUCUACAUUAGCAUUUUUAAAAGAACAUCCAUUUCCAUCUCGCUCCCUGUUUCCUGAGAGGAAACCUCGCAUCUACAAAAAAAAUGAAGAAGGGUUGUGGGAACAGGUUUGUUCUGACAAGAUCUAACCUGGAAGCAAACAGCACAGCUGCUUUAGGGAAGUAUAGUCCUACAAGAAGAGCAAUUUGUUGCAAAAAGCAUAUUGCUGGUCAUAAAUAAAUACCAUUGUUCCUGUGCUUUUCAAAAUAAAAUAUUUUGACAGAAGUAACUUGCUCUUUCUGCAUUCUUUAUGUAGGAAUCACUGCUACUUUGAAGUCAGAAGUUGGCUUUGUUUAUGUUCUAGUGCUCCAGUGCAGUAACUUGAUUGGCACAGGUGAAGAAGAGAGGUAGCAGUGCUGAGACCGAGAAGGUAAGUCAGUACAUUGGUGUGUACUUCAGAAAAUGAUUUUCCAAACAAAGUGAAAGUUUUACAUACUUACCAAAACAGAGGGAAAUAUCCUGCAACAGUAACUUGAUUCAAGAGUAAUAAUUUGAAGAAUCUUUAUUGAAACAUUCAGAUAGUAUCUAAAGAAUGAAGCUCAUUCCAACAAAACUACUGGUUUACACUUCCAAAUAUAAAAACAUUAAAAAUUAACCCUUGUGGUGAUAACUUUAUCCCCCACAAAUUACUCUUAUUAACAUACUUCAUUGCACCAAAGAAACCAAUGAGGAAGACUAGUCAACUUAAUGAUUUUUGCACUUUAGAAAAAUUGCACUCUGAUUUACAUAAAUUACCCCAACACCAAAAUUAACCUUGUUCAGGAUCUAGAAGCUGAGAGUCAAAUCAGGUGACAGUACAAUUCAAAAACCCCAAAUUUUUCAGAUUAUUGUAGUCAGUCAGCUACCACUACAGCCGUUAUCAUGUUAAGGUGUACCUUUUAGGGGGAGGAGAAAAACCCAAACCACAAAGGAAGCAAACUACAGUACUUGUAUCCAGUUCUACAGGGAUGGGAUGGUUCUCCUUAAAAUCAUAUACCUUAGGGAAAGCAAGCUUUUCCAAAGAUCUCCCUUCCACAAGAGGCUCUGAAAACUUGCAGCAAAGUGAUUUAAGAUCAUUGGGGAGGAGGGGAGUGUAAGACUUCCACACCUUAGCUUCUGAUUUCUCCAAAGCUUUGCUUGUGCAUUAAGUAGUCCUAGACACUAUGAAGUUGUGCUGUAGUGUAAAUAACCUAUAUAAUUUCUUUGAGGCUGUACAAUUCCUACCAUAGGUAAGUUACUGUUAUUCAAAAACUAAGUGUUGAAACCAUCACAAAUGUAUUGGUUUUUCAAGCUUUACUACAACUAUCUUUAAAAAUACACAACAGAAAGAACUCCAGUUACACUACAUAAAUGUGUUCAAUAGUAUUUGGUUUAUAAGUGGCGUGCAAAGGAAGAUAACGGUGCGUUGGUGAGUCCUUCCAGUUCCAGAAGCAAGAAGCCGUUCAGGCAUGCAGAGGCUCUCUUUCUCUCUAAAAAGCUCAGGCCUCCCCAUCCCCACCAUCCCCAGGGCCUCAGCUGAACACAUCAGGUCAUUCAACAGCAGGAAAAAAAAAAAAAAAAAAGGUUGAUGGCAAAGUACAACCAGUGACUCCUAUAUACAUGGGCAUCCCUCCCUCCUGCUCACCGCACCACAGCUGUUUGGCAAUGCUCUUUAGAAGGUAAAAAAAGAAGCGAAACAGAGCCAGUGUGACUUCAGUAGAUGUUCUGCAGGAGAGGCUAAACUGAUUUUU